AUGACGCUCCUCUCUCCCCUCCUAGAACUGCCCCGCGCAACGGUCUACACCGCCGCCGCACCACUGGCACUUCUGUGUUAUGCCAUCGGCCUGGUGGUCUACCGGCUGCUCUUGUCGCCGCUGGCCAGGAUCCCGGGGUCCAGGAUCGCGGCGGCGACGGGGUGGUACGAGUUCUACUUCGACGUCUGGCUUGACGGGCAGUAUCUCUUUGAGAUCGAGAGGAUGCACAGGAAGUACGGCCCGAUCAUUCGCAUCAACCCCGUGGAAAUCUCGAUCCACGACCCGGACUUUUAUAACGAGGUGUACGUCACCGAGAGCAAGAGACGGACGAGCCACUACGACCAGUUCUGCCAGGGCAUCGACUUUGACGGCGCCUUCCUGCUAACCGCAGACCACGACCUGCACAAGAAGCGGCGCAAGCCCUUCGAGCCCUUCUUCUCCAAGCGCGGCAUCGCGUCCCUGCAGCCGAUGCUGGGCGAGGUGGCGCUGCAGCUGGAGUCGAGGCUCGAGGGGCUCAGGGGCGGGGGGCAGGUCGUCACGCUCGACCAUGUGUUUUCUGCGUGCACGGGGGAUAUCAUACAGAGGAUUUGUCUGGAUGAUGGGGAUGGGGAUGGGGGACGGGGUGGGAGGUUCUUGGGGGAGACCGACUUUGGCGCUGAGUGGUACAAUGUGGUGAAUUCGCUACUGCACAAUCUACACCUUUUCAUCGGCCUCCCGUGGCUCGUCCGUAUCGUGAAAUUGAUCCCCGAGCCAAUAAUGCUGUGGGCGUUUCCCCGAGGCCGGGUCUUCAAGAUCUUUACUGAUAACGCAAGACGCAACAUCCGCAAAGCCAUGUCCGACACCUCCUCAUCAUCGAAGAAUCACCCCAACAACAUCAACACCAACACCAACACAUCCCUCUUCCACGCCAUCAUCUCCAGCGGAAUGCCCCCCUCCGAGCUCUCAGAGGACCGGCUCACGAGCGAAGCGCAGGUGAUGCUCGGCGGCGGCACCGUCACGCCCGCGCGCACCAUCGGGUUCGCGACCUACUACGUCCUUUCGCGCCCGGAGAUCCGGCGGCGGCUCGCGGAAGAGUUGAAGGAGGUCAUGGCGGGGUGGCCGGACGAGGUGCCGGCGUGGUCGAGGCUGGAGCAGUUGCCGUUCUUGCAGAGUGUUAUUAAGGAGGCUUUGCGGCUCAGCUACGGAAUCAUGCACCGUCUCCCUCGCGUCUUCCCCGACGAGCCGCUCCAGUACAAGCAAUACACGAUUCCUGCAGGGGUACCAGUAGGGAUGUCCGCGUACCUAAUGCACUCCGACCCCUCGGUGUACCCCUCGCCCGACCAAUUCAUCCCGGAGCGUUGGCUCGGGGAUGUCGACCCGGCUAUGCAUCGGAGCUUCGUCCCGUUUUCCAGGGGCUCGAGGAAUUGUCUUGGGAUGAACCUGGCCAUGGCAGAGAUGAGCCUCAUCCUCGCGGUCCUCUUCCGCCCCGGCGGCGUGCAGAUGAGGCUCUUUGAGUCGGACGAGAGCGAUGUCCGGAACGCGCAUGACUUCAUGUUGCCUCUGCCGAAGCUGAGCUCGAAGGGGUUGCGGGUUUUGAUUGUCUGA